AUGCGGUCCAAUUUGCGUUUCGUACGCCGAAAAGGUCGUGGCAGGAUUUUCGGACGGAGAUCGGGGGAGGGCCUGAGGCUUGCCGACAUCCGUAUCAUUAAUCAUUCUUAUAAGUUUGUCCAUAUCUAUCUAUCUAUCUAUCUAUCUAUCUAUCUAUCUAUCUAUCUAUCUAUCUAUCUAUCUAUCUAUCCCAGUCUAUUCAUUAUCUAUCUAUCUAUCUAUCUAUUCAUCUAUCUAUCUAUCUAUCUAUCUAUCUAUCCUAGUCUCUUAAUAUCUAUCUAUCUAUCUAUCUAUCUAUCUAUCUAUCUCAGUGUAUUCAUUUUCGAUCUACCCCAGUCUGUUCAUAUUAAUUCAUCUAUCUAUCUAUCUAUCUAUCUAUCUAUCUAUCUAUCUAUCUAUCUAUCCUAUUCGUUAUCUAUCUAUCUCUAUUUCUCUCUGUAUCUAACUAUUUCAGCCUAUUCAUUAUCUAUCUAUCUAUCUAUCUAUCUAUCUAUGUCUUUUCAUUUUCUAUCUAUCUAUCUAUCUAUCUAUCUAUCUAUCUAUCUAUCGCAGCCUAUUCGUUAUCUAUCUAUCUAUCUAUCUAUCUAUCUAUCUAUCUAUCUAUCUAUCUACGCCAGUCUGAUCCUAUCUAUCUAUCUAUCUAUCUAUCUAUCUAUCUAUCUAUUUCAGCCUAUUCGUUAUCUAUCUAUCUAUCUAUCUAUCUAUCUAUCUAUCUAUCUAUGCCAGUCUGUUCCUAUCUAUCUAUCUAUCUAUCUAUCUAUCUCAGCCUAUUCGUUAUCUAUCUAUCUAUCUAUCUAUCUAUCUAUCUAUCUAUCUAUCUAUCUAUCUAUGCCAGUCUGUUCCUAUCUAUCUAUCUAUCUAUCUAUCUAUCUAUCUAUCUAUCUAUCUAUCUAUCUAUCUCAGCCUAUUCCCUAUCUAUCUAUCUAUCUAUCUAUCUAUCUAUCUAUCUAUCUAUGCCAGUCCAUCUAUCUAUCUAUCUAUCUAUCUAUCUAUCUAUCUAUCUAUCUAUGGGAUCCAAUCCGGAACCCACUCUUCUCUCUCUCUUUUGCGCUCUCUCUCUCUCUCUCGAUAUUUUACACUCUAACUCUUCUCUCUUUCUCCACCUUUCUGGCUCUUUCUCCCUCUCUCUUCUCUCUGGCUCUUUCUCACUCUCUCUUCUCGCUUUCCCUUUCACCUCUCUCUCUCUCUCCUCUGUCUCUCUUUCUCUCACUCUUCUCUCUCUUCGUAACUUUCUUUUCUAACUCUCUCUCUCUCUCUAUCUCUCAUUCUUCUAUUUUGCGCUCACAGUUUUUUCUCUUUCUCCCUCUCUCUUCUCUCUGGUUCUUUCUCACUCUCUCUUCUCGCUCACUUCAUCUAUUUCACCUCUCUCUCUUCUCUCUUUCUCUCUCUCUCUUCUCCCUCUCUUUAUUUCUCUCUCCCGCUUCUCUCUAUCUCUCCUCUGUCUCUGUCUCUCUCCUAUUUCUUCUUUCUCUCACAUACUAUCUCUCUCUCUCUCUUUUGUGCUCUCACUCUCUCUGUUUAUUUUGCACACUCACUCUUUUCUCUUUCUCACGCUCAAUUCUCUCUCUCUCUCUCUCUUGUUCUUUUUCACUCUCUCUUCGUUCUCUUUAUUUCAUAUCUCUCUCUUCUAUCUCUCCUUCUCCCUCUCUUUCUUUCUCUUUCUCUCUCUCUAUUUCUUUCUCUUUCUCUCUCUCUAUUUCUUUCUCUUUCUCUCUCUCUAUUUUUCUCACACUCCUUUGUCUCUUCUCUAUCUAUUUCUCUCUUUCUUUCUUUCUUUCUUUCUUUCUUUCCCUUCUAUUUUAUCUGUCUCUCUCUAUCUCUUUGGCUUUAAGUUGGGAAUCACAUGAUUUUCUUUCUCUCUCUCUCUCUCUCUCUCUCUCUCUCUCUCUCUUAUCUCUAACUCUUCUUUCUCUCCCUCUAUUUAUCUGUCACUUUUCUUUCUCUCUCUAUUUAUCUCUCACUUUUCUCUCUCUUUAUCUCUCACUUUUCUUUCUCUCUCUCUUUAUCUCUCACUCUUCUUUCUCUCUCUCUUUAUCUCUCACUCUUCGCUCUCUCUCUCUCUCUCUCUCUCUCUUUAUCUCUCACUCUUCUUUCUCUCUCUUUUUAUCUCUCACUCUUCUUUCUCUCACUUUGCGGCUAAAUUGA